CCCACAGCACCUGAAGUGCACACCUACAGGAGCCCACACCGCGGUCUCCAUCUCCUCUCCUACCGGGAUAUAAGCACCAGCAACCGGCCAUGGCGCGGAGGUUCUUCGUCGGAGGAAACUGGAAGAUGAACGGAAAUAAGGAGAGUCUGGAGGAGCUGAUGAGCACCUUAAACACCGCCAGCCUGGACGAUCAGACCGAGGUGGUGUGUGCUGCUCCCUCCAUCUAUCUGGACUUUGCUCGGUCCCUCCUCGAUCCCAAAAUUGGGGUUGCAGCCCAGAACUGCUACAAGGUGGCCAAAGGAGCAUUUACAGGAGAGAUCAGCCCGGCCAUGAUAAAGGACUGCGGAGCAGACUGGGUGAUCCUCGGACACUCAGAGCGACGCCAUGUGUUCGGAGAAAGCGAUGAGCUGAUCGGCCAAAAGGUAGCUCAUGCUCUGGAGAACGAUCUCGGUGUGAUCGCCUGCAUCGGAGAGAAGCUGGAGGAGCGCGAGGCCGGCGCCACAGAGGAGGUGGUUUUCGCUCAGACUCAGGUUAUUGCAGAAAAUGUGAAGGACUGGGAGAAAGUGGUGCUGGCAUAUGAACCUGUUUGGGCCAUCGGCACUGGAAAGACAGCCACACCUGAGCAGGCUCAGGAGGUCCAUGAGAAGCUGAGGGUCUGGUUCAGAGCAAACGUAUCAGAUGAUGUGGCUGAGUCACUGCGCAUCAUUUAUGGAGGUUCAGUUACUGGAGCAAACUGCAGGGAGCUGGCGUCUCAGGCCGACGUGGACGGCUUCCUGGUUGGAGGAGCCUCUCUGAAACCCGAGUUCAUCGACAUCAUCAAUGCACGCGUGUAAUACGUACCGAUAAUCACUAAACUGCCUUUAGUCUGUCACACUAUGAUGUUUCAUCCAACUAAAGUAACUCAUGCACAAAUUUCUUCAUACUUUUAACUGUCACUUAAAGGAUU